UUUCCCCUGCCAGUCUCUCUCCCUCGCUCCUCUCUCUCUUCCCCCCCUCUUCUAGCUGCUGCUGCUGUGUCUGUGGGAGCUUCACUCACACACAAACACAGACUAACUAACUCUGCUAAUGAACUAGUUAGCCGUGUAUUCUCAUAGCCACAGCAAGAAAAAAAUAUUGAAUGACCCAAUCACCAUAUCACCAGAUAUAACAGUUCUAAUAAAGGCAAAACUUCCCACUCUUUUUGGAGACUUUUGGAGGAUUUUUGAAAAUUAUUUUCUUGGGUGAUUUUUAACAUAUUUUUUUUGGGCUUGAAACUUUGGUGGAUCUUUGGCUGAUAUUGUGGUUUGUGACCCCAGGAUCUACACGAGAAGAGUUAUCAUGCAGAGUUUAUAGGAAGAAAGGAAAGUCAAUGGACUAGAAGUGUUGUUCCCAGCAAGAAGUUGAUCCAGCCUGCUUUUUCGGAACUACAAAGCUGUCUCUUUUUAGACCACAUCUAGUGUGAGAUGCCACCUGUUUGAAAGCUGGCUGUGGCAAAGGAUCCAAAAAGUAUAAGAAAACGUGGAUUGGCAACCUGCAUCCUCAGUAGCGGGAAUUUCACUUCCUGUAGACCUCAUCAUUCUGAGGUGGGGCUAAGAUGAGCAUAACCAGUGACGAGGUGAAUUUCUUGGUGUAUCGCUAUCUUCAAGAGUCAGGUUUCUCUCACUCAGCAUUUACAUUCGGUAUUGAAAGCCACAUCAGCCAGUCCAACAUCAAUGGGACACUAGUGCCACCUGCAGCUCUUAUCUCCAUCCUGCAGAAAGGUUUACAGUAUGUGGAAGCUGAGAUCAGCAUCAAUGAAGAUGGUACAGUCUUUGAUGGUCGGCCGAUAGAGUCGUUGUCUCUGAUUGAUGCCGUGAUGCCAGAUGUUGUUCAAACCAGACAACAAGCCUUCAGAGAAAAGCUGGCUCAACAGCAAGCUGCAUCCACAAUGUGCGCACCGAGCGCUGCUCCUGUCACUGCUGCACCAGCAGCAGCUCCUGCACAACAGCAGAACACACCAAAGAAUGGAGCAGCCACUGUGAAUGGUGAAGAAAAUGGGGCACAUGCAAUAAAUAACCAUGCAGAAUCAAUGGAAAUUGAUGGGGAUGUGGAAAUUCCACCAAACAAAGCAACAGUCCUUCGUGGACAUGAAUCAGAGGUAUUCAUCUGUGCCUGGAAUCCAGUCACUGAUCUACUAGCAUCUGGAUCAGGAGACUCAACAGCAAGAAUAUGGAAUUUGAAUGAAAACAGUAGUAGCAACUCCACUCAGCUAGUUUUACGGCACUGUAUACGGGAAGGUGGACAAGAUGUUCCAAGCAACAAAGAUGUCACCUCAUUGGACUGGAAUGCGGACGGCACUCUCUUAGCUACAGGUUCUUAUGAUGGUUUUGCAAGAAUCUGGACACAGGAUGGCAAUCUUGCAAGCACUUUAGGUCAACACAAAGGUCCCAUUUUUGCACUGAAGUGGAAUAAAAAGGGGAAUUACAUUUUGAGUGCAGGAGUUGAUAAGACAACAAUAAUCUGGGAUGCUCACACGGGAGAGGCAAAACAACAGUUUCCCUUCCAUUCUGCUCCUGCUCUGGACGUGGAUUGGCAGAACAAUACCACCUUUGCCUCCUGUAGCACAGACAUGUGUAUUCAUGUUUGCAGACUUGGUUGUGACCGCCCAGUGAAAACCUUCCAAGGACAUACAAAUGAAGUUAAUGCAAUUAAAUGGGACCCAUCAGGGAUGCUUCUGGCCUCGUGUUCAGAUGAUAUGACAUUAAAGAUCUGGAGUAUGAAGCAAGAUGUGUGUGUGCAUGAUCUACAGGCCCACAAUAAAGAAAUUUAUACAAUCAAAUGGAGUCCAACAGGUCCUGGCACCAGCAACCCAAACUCAAGCAUAAUGUUAGCAAGUGCAUCAUUUGAUUCAACUGUCCGGCUUUGGGAUGUUGAGAGAGGCGUUUGCGUCCACACAUUAACCAAACAUCAAGAACCUGUCUAUAGUGUAGCUUUUAGUCCUGAUGGAAAGUAUCUGGCCAGUGGCUCUUUUGACAAAUGCGUUCAUAUAUGGAAUACUCAGAACGGAUCUCUAGUGCACAGCUACAGGGGGACAGGAGGAAUUUUUGAAGUUUGCUGGAAUGCCAGAGGUGAUAAAGUAGGCGCAAGCGCAUCUGAUGGAUCAGUGUGUGUCCUGGAUCUGAGGAAGUGAUGCCAAUAAUCCAAUAUCAAAGUUUAAAUGGACCAGCAUCGAAUGUGCACUGUCUGAAAUUACAGAUUCCAGCUUUUGUACAAACCUGACAAAGUCAGAGAGUACAUUGUAACCGAACCUCCCUAAAUGUCACACUUAAGGAUGUCCACAGUUUUCUUGGAACCAUUUUAUUAGACAUCCUUCAGGAGUUGAUGGUUUUCUGGCCGGCCUUACUGUAUUUCAGUCUCAGAACUAGCAGGCCAAUUUCGGGACUGACAGACGUGUUUGGUUUGAGUUGUUUGCUAUGGCCAAAACUGUGCCAAAAAGUGUAAACACCGUCAGAAUGAAAAGGAAAAGGCUGCAACGAACCAAAAGGGAAAACCAGUUCCUAUCAAUUUGUUUUAUUUCCAACCUAAUUUGGACACUACCGUUUUCCCAAAGGACCUACAAAGAACAGUUUUUAUUAAACAAUCCACAUGACUUUGUAUGACACUUUCUAUUUUCUAGACUACUUUUUGUUGCUUUUGUUACCUGUUCAGUGGUUUUCUACCAUUUCAGAAUAGUGGACUAGUGGAAGAUCCAAAAGGUAUCUAAGGAACUAAUGUUGCUAUCAAUUCAGCUUUUUCCUUUGUCCAAAAUCAAUGUGACCUGCUGGCUAGUACCACACUUGAAGAAAUGCUUAACCUUGCUCCUUGCAGAAAUUUUCUUUCUGGUCGCCACCUUUGUAAAACCUCUUAAGUUCAGUAAUGGAGUGUCUAGCAUUGCUUUUUCCUAGCAAAGUCCACGUCUGCACUGUGGAAUUUUCCCCUCCACAGCUUAGCUUUUAAGGGCACUUUUCAUGACAUGGUGUCACAUGCUUUUUAUAAGAAUGCAACCCCAGGAAAGCUUUUUACAAAAAGGAAGAUGAACUUUUAAAAAGAAAGAACCCACUGUAUUUUUUGAAAAGAAGACAAAUAUUUUUUAUGUUAAAAAUCUUAAUUCUAAAAAUGAUAAAAAUGCAAAUGUUGGGAUUGUCUAAGUCAUGCAAAAAA